AGGAACCAGAAACCCACAAUUACAACUUGGUACAUGCAGAGACUGCUUGCUCUAUGCUCUGACACCCCAGUGUACAUGUAUUGAUUUACUGGUGUCAUAUGGGCCAUGCUGAGUGCAGUGCAUGCAGUGGUGUUGGCUUCAGUUAUUUUGUAGACGGUGCGCAGUCAGUAGGGUGCUCUCAGAUUUUAGCCAAUGCGCAUGGGCAAGUCACUGUAGCAUUCCCUAAGAUUUUGACAAGUUCAUAACAUGAGUUUGGAUUUGUUUUCCCACAUGUUCAAUUGUUUUACUACUUGUUCAAGUUUGUGAACUAACUUUUCACAAAAACACAGGUCUUGUGACAUCUUUUUGGAGAGUAAAUCUGAUCUGUUAAUCUAGCUUCAAUCAUUUUGUUACAGACAAGCGGCAUUAGAUUUGCUGUGUAUUUCAGUUUUUCAAGGUUCUGAACACUGCUCAAGCUGCCUGGAAGAAGUUUGUGUACUGUGUGGAUAUACACUGUGCGGGGAAUAAAAAAAAUGUGGCAUCAAGUAGCUUCAGUUCUGCUGGCAUUUCUCAUAACAGCCAAUGCUGUUCAGCUGCAGCAUUCUAUCUCCAUCUGCUGCGAUGUUGGGGCAGAGUACGCCAACGAGCACUCAUCCUGUGAAGCCAUUGACUCGGAACCGGUCCCGGACAUGGGACCAAUGGAAGACGAAGACAUCCAAGACUGCCACGUCAUGAUGCGAUCCUGCUGCAUCAAGCAACUGCAGAGGAACAUGUGCUUCGAUGGACUGUUCACGCGUGCCAACAUUGGAAGCUGCGACCGUGUCCAGGGAGAUUCAUGUGGCUCAAUUGAAAAGACAUGUUGUGAAUGCUGUGAGCUUGGCAUUAAGGCGUUCCAUGAGUCGGCACCCUGUGAUGGCACUGAUCUUGGCACAGAGUGUGAUUUUGCCUUCCGGGAUUGCUGUGGAAGGGCAAGCAGUAACAAUGACAUGGAUGAAUGCACCCUUGCCAGGGAAAACAACCACAGACUGUGCAGUUCCAAAUGUGUCAAUCUGAUCACUUCCUUUGUCUGUGAGUGUCCUGUGGGCUAUGUUCUGGCUGCUGCUGACAACAUGACAUGCAUUAGAGACAGAGAAGAGCCGGCCAACGCAUGCGAUGAGUCCCCCUGUGAGCAACGCUGUCAGCCCAAUGGAAGCUCCUAUGUCUGUGGUUGUAAUGAUGGAUAUGAGCUUCAAGAAAAUGGAUAUAGUUGUCUUGAGAACAAUCCUCCACCCUCCCUGGGCUGCCUGUAUGCAUCCUGUGACUACGCUUGCCGGUCUGUUGACGCCUCGUCAUAUGAAUGCUAUUGCGACACCGGCUAUGAUUUGGACUCUGACGGUACAACAUGCAUUGACAUUGAUGAGUGCCAGGAGGAAAAUGUAUGCCCAUUGCACAAGCGGUGCCAGAACUACAGAGGAGGGUUUUACUGCGAGACCACCAGAUGCGCCGAGGGAGAACAGUUUGUGUUUGAUGAAUCUAACAAUAUCCAGUGCCGAGAUGUCGACGAAUGCGCCAGGGGAACACACAAUUGUCAAGAUGGCUUCCGCUGUGACAACUCACCUGGGAGCUUUCGAUGCACUCGUAUCUCACCGUGUGGCACCGGAUACACAGUCAACUCACUCACUCAACAAUGUAGAGACAUUGAUGAGUGCUUGCAGGACACAGACGAUUGUCCCCCGGAAUUCUACUGUCAGAACACCAUGGGAAGUUACAAAUGCAGGCCCUGUAGGCAGGGCUUCAAGGCAGACAGCGCAGAUGGAUGCACACGCGAUAUUAAUGAGUGUGAAGAGCAAGCUGAUGUGUGUCCUCGUGGUCAAGCCUGCGUCAAUACCUACGGCAGUUAUCGCUGCAAUCCUGCCUGUCCACAGGGUUUCCAAUACAGUGUCAUCUAUAGGGAGUGCAGAGAUAUUAACGAGUGUGCCUUGGGAACGGAUGACUGUCAAGCCAAUCAGGUGUGCCAGAAUCGCGAAGGUGCAUAUGAGUGUGGCUGUCGCAAUGGAAUGGAGUUCAAUGAGGUCACCAGGGAAUGCGACGAUAUCAAUGAAUGUGAGACGAACACCAACAAUUGUCGCUACAAUGAGCAGUGCCAUAAUACCGUGGGAUCAUUUGCUUGUCAACAGCGAUGCCAACUCAACUACAGAUACGUUGAAGAAGAGGGUUGUGUCGAUGUCAAUGAAUGUGAACAGGCCCAGUAUCCGUGUUUCGGCAACUCUCAGUGUGUCAACGUGCCUGGUUCAUACCGAUGUCAGCAAUGUCCGCGUGGUCAGAUAGCCAACCGCGAUACCAGACGGUGUGAAGAUGUGGAUGAAUGCAAGUACCAAGGAGCCAGCUGCAUGGGUGGAUGUGUAAACACCUUUGGCUCAUACAUGUGUACCUGCCCAAAUGGCUAUGAGCUGCUCAAUAGAUUCAACUGCAGGGAUAUCAAUGAGUGUCGACGCAACAUCCACAACUGUAGCUCCCAGUCAGCCUGCUUCGAUACCAGAGGAGGAUUCAAGUGCAAGAAUAUCCAGUGCCCACAAUACUACCGCAAGGAGAUCAAUGGCGACGAAGUUCGCUGUGUCAAAGUUACCCUCUGCCCCAACAACGACUUCAACUGUGUCGAUGACCCAGUCAAGCUCAUCACCUACAACAAGAUCGCCUUGCCGAGUCUGACCCGCGAGCUGCGCCAACCCCUCCAGUUGCUCCGCCUACAGAUUGGGGACUUGACCGUUUCCCAGGCGAAUGGGCUCAGAUUCGUACUGACCCAAGGAAAUGAACUGGGACUGUUCAGUGUGACCAAGGACUUAAACCGCGACAGGCUGGGAAAUUGGUUCGCCACCGGCACUCUGUAUUUGGAGAGAGCUGUGACAGGUCCUUUUGAGACAGAUCUCCGUCUGGAGAUGCAACUCUUCAGCACAACGCAGGAGAAUCAGCUUCUUUCUGUCACCACUGCUGUCUUCAGUAUCGAUGUCAGCCCAAACUCAUUCUAAACCUCCAGAUUUCUGUUCGGUAUGACUGGAUAAUAUGUUUUUUGAUGCUGGGCCUGUGUUUCAACUUGCAGCUUGCCAAAAAAAUCUUUACAAAAGAACAUUGAAGAAUACUGUUGAAAAUAAAACCUUCAGAUAGUGAAAAUGUGACUAUUUCCUAAAGCCGGUGUCACAUGAAAAUCCGACUCCUAUGAAAAUCGGACCCCUUUUUCCCUAUUAUUGGUUAAUCCCUCGCACGUGACAGGUCACUCUCCCGAAACGAUCCUAAAAAUAGCAUGGUAUCGUACUCACGCGUGCGCAGUACUACCAAUGAGUCUACAUUUCAUGGAGUCAGAUAUUCACGCUACACCGGCCUCUGGUCGACCUUGCAACGACACAGAUCAGUCAUCAGCGACUAACUUUUCAGGAUCAAGCUGUGUCUGAGCUACGACCGUCGGGAACAACUCAGUCCCCGAUUUUUUGCAACUUGAGUGUAACUGCGACAAUGUAAAAAUGAUCGGCAUCAGUUGGCGCUCAAAAAAUCACAAGUCGCAAGAGUAGAAAACUUAUGUGAUGUCUUCCGACCAUCACACGAUUUCUCAGUUUUGUAACCUGAGCAUAUUUUUUGUGCUUGAUGCCGACGGUUCCGUCGUGGUGCAUGCAAAUCGUGGGUUGACCUGAGGCCGGCUUUACAGUUCACUAGGGCCUAUGUGAAAAAAAAUUUGCCCAGCACAGGAAAGUUAUGCUCUUGUUGGUAAAGUUUUUAUCAAAAACGUCUUUUAUUUUGUUCCUAAUAUUUCUUAAUCACAGCUGAAUAUGUCAAUUUUCAGAAGGGUGACACCUGAAUUAAACAUGUUUGUAUUAAGUUGUUAUUGAAGUUUUCUGCUUAGGAAUUUAUGGGAAAUUGGAAUCUGCUUAAAAAAAACACCCAAAAUCAUGUUUGUAUCCUAAACAUUUCAAAUUGCAUUCCAAAAUCCAUGUACUAUGAUGCUAGCACCUUUUUUGUGUUAAUAUGUAAAAAAAAAAAUAUUGUACUAGCUAUCUGAAUACCAUUUUUAUCACUAUGCCAAUUAUAGUGCUCUGUAUUAAACAUGUUUGCAUUAAGCAAACUAUGCAUGCCUUCAUUAUACGUGUACAUAUUAAAGUUAUAUGCGUCAUUUAAUAGUAAGUGUAAUAGUAAGUGUAACAGUAUAUAUCCAUAAAUAGUUAUCACAUGAACGUAAAUUGAAAUUGUUUUUUUUUUUUUAAAUU